CGUAUGUGCACAGUAAAUUCUAAUUAUAUAUACAACUAUUGAAAUAUUACAUCACACUGUGAAUACUCCAACGUAGUGUCAACUAAUUCAAAGGUUGCAAAUAAAAAUGGUUUGGUUAAUGCUUAUAUCUUUAUUGGGUGUGAUAGAGAAUACUGCAUGUCAAGGUGCAUGCCCCGCUGGUUGGUUUGGUCCAAAAUGUCAGUUUCAAUGUCACUGUCAGAUAAAAUGUGACUCAACAGGCGAAUGUCAGCAUAAAUUAUGUAGUAUUGGAUGGUUUGGUUACAAGUGUCAAUAUCAGGAUUUCGUGUCACGCUUUAAAGUUCCAGUUUCUGAAAUUAAAAGUCAACUCCCAAGGUGGUCCAAUGGAGAUGAUUCUGACUGCAUUGAGGAUGAAAGAAUAAAAGUAAUCAAAAUCCACUUAAAGGCAACUAUUUAUUUUACUUGGAUAAGUUUGACAGUCAAGAAUACUGCAUUACUCACGAGGUUCCGUUUGACUCUCUUAAAUAAAACAAGGAGAUGGGAAUGUGAAAAACUAACGUUCGCAUCCAUUGCCAGAGACACUGUAAAUAUACGAUGUAAUGGGAGAGAACUUAUCAAUAAAAUUAUUCUUAAAGGGGACGGGGUGACUACCCUUUGCUCAAUACACGUCAGCGGCGGUCGCAACAUGGCCCUAAAACAACGCGUAACAACAGAUUUGACGCAGAUUAUCCCAGAUGUGACUUUGAUAGCAGACGGCAAUAGAGACACGAACCUAGAAGAAAGCUGCACCUCGGUUGGUGAUGUAAAGAUGUUGCCGUCAAAAUCGUGGUCUCUAACUUUUGAGGAGCCUGUCGUUGCAAGUAAUAUUGAAAUUCUUAGCAAAGGCAAUUUCACCAGAUCGGGUAUUCUUUUUUUGGAGACCUUUGAUCAGAACAAAGUUAUUUUGUUCAAUACAAGGGAUCCCUACAAUGUUCAACUGUAUCCCUAUCAUCACAAAGCUCCUAUAUCGGGGAUAAAGGUCACGUACAAGAAAAUCAACUCGCGCUAUUUAAUACUUUCCCUAUGCGAAGUUUCUGUCUAUGGAGAGUGUGUCCCUGGCAGAUGGGGCCUAGACUGCAAACAAUCAUGUGGCAGUCAAUGCCCAGGCUCUUGCAAUGAAUUUGACGGAACAUGCCCAGUUGGUUGCCUUGGUUACAAAGACGGCCCUAUCUGUAGCAAAAAGUGUGAACAAGACACAUGGGGAGUUAACUGUCAAGAGAGGUGCAGUGAGAAAUGUGCAUUCAAUAUGUGCGCCCGUAGAAACGGUCUUUGCAGUGCAGGAUGUAACGCCUACUCAGACCCCCCGUACUGCACACAAGAUUGCAAGGGAGAGAAUUACGGUCGCGAUUGUUUGUGUGAUGGUAAGGAUAGAACUGAAGCUUGCAACCCGGAAAUAACAGGUAAGGUGACAGUUUUUACUAAAAGACCAAGCUCGUGCCGUGACGUUGUAAGCACACAAGAACGGGUUGUUGUCAGAUUAGUUUCCGGGUUUAAGGUCAUGUGUGACACCAAGUCUUUCGGCGGAGGAUGGAUCAUCUUUCAAAGAAGAAUUAACGGAAAAGUCUCAUUCUCCAGAGGCUGGGACGAGUACCGUAACGGCUUUGGAGACUAUGACAUCGGGGAGUUCUAUCUGGGGAACGAAAACCUUUUCAAAUUGACAUCAAGGCGGCGAUACGAGCUCAGAGUGGAUCUGGAGUUUGGGAAGAGGAACUAUAGCAUCCCAUUUUUAAAAUUUAGAAUUAUGAGCGAAAGAGAGAAGUAUAAGCUCGAGAUUGAAAGCACUGCCCCGUAUUCUGACUCGCUAACUUAUCACAACGACAUGAAGUUCUCAACGUUUGAUAACGACAAUGACCUGGACACAGGAGGGAAUUGUGCUGCAGUAUUUACUGUGGGAUGGUGGUACCGGAGUUGCCAUACUUCCAAUCUUAAUGGACUCUGGGGAAACUCAGAUUUCGGCUUUGGUUUAAACUGGGAUUCUAUAACGAAUACCUCGAGCAGUGCUACAUUUACUGAGAUGAAAAUAAGAGAAGUGUAACAUAAAUAUAUGCGGUCUCUUAUUAUCCUUAAAUAGCUUUAAAAAUACCACUUUUGUGCUUAAAGCAUUGAGCAACAUUUUGUUUAUACCAAUCAAACGUUUUAUCUGAAAGUUAUAUUUAGAUAGAUAUUGAAACACAUAAAUAAAAAAAGGAUAUAUUCCGCAAUGUC